AUGAGUGAUGGGAUUAAUCAAACGAACAGUGAACAAAAUGAGAACUACGACGACUUUCGAUUUCAAGAUGCGGCACGAGCACUCUUUUUGAAAUAUCAAAUGAUGGGAAUGAUCAAACCAUUGAAUGAGCCUAUCGUCGAUACUUCUACUACACCUAUCGUUCUUGGCGAACAAAAGACAACAGUUAGAUCUCGAGCUUGUACUAUUUUAUGA